AUGGUACCAGGAGAAAUGGAGGAAAUGGUGAAAUGGUUGAAUGAGGAGGACAGUUUAUUGCUGGAUCCAAUAGAACGUGCCGCUAUUGCUCAUUAUAAGCUGGUUUCGAUACAUCCAUUCAUUGAUGGUAACGGUCGUACUGCACGAUUGUUAAUGAAUCUGAUUUUGAUGCAGAGCGGUUUUCCGCCAGUUAUAAUACCAGUUGAGGCCCGUUCUGAUUAUUAUGAUACUCUCAAUGCCGCGAACCGUGGGAAUCUUCGCCCGUUUAUUCGCUUUAUUGCACGUCAAACAGAUGCCACCUUGCAAUUGUAUAUUAAUUCUGCAACCACAUGUGAUUAUCGAGAAGAAUCUGGUGAGUGUAGUAUAUCAACAGCUCCUAAAAUCUCUGCACAGCAGGAAGAAACAUGGUGA